GCAGAUACACUCGUCACAACCAUCGUCUCCGACACUGAUGUCGCACAACCUCGCAAGCAACGACUUUGCUUUCUUAGAGCCUGAGCCUUCGGGCUAUACUUUUGAGCAGAUGAAUGAGUGCCGAUGGAGAAGACCAGAUGGCUCGCACUGCAGCUACCCAUUUCUUGACCACGAACUUUCUGCUCACCUCCGUGAAUACCAUGGAAUUCGUGGUGGAGACAAGUCCCGCGUCUGUUGCUCUUGGGAAGAUUGCACCCAGGAGCUUAAUAAAGAGAACCUCUCCAAGCAUGUGAAGGGAACACACCUCAAGGUCGCAUAUUCUUGCGACACCUGCAACAAGACUUUCACGCGCGAAUACAAUCGUAACAGUCACCAGGCAAUUUGCUCGGUUCAGCAGCAGUAGAUGUGAGACCUGGUCAUCACCUUCUUCGCAUCGCCUGACUGAUUCGC